AUGAUGUAUCGUAAGAGACUAACCAAGAGAAGCGGGCAAUCACAAGCAGCACCUGCGCAGCCUGCAGCGCAAGUUUCCGCUGUUCAGAUAAACUACGACACACUACGACCGCGAUCGCGAUUUGACGACCUUGCAAAGCCCAUCCAGGAUGAAGUUGCGCUUAUCGACAAGGGUAUCCAGCGGGUUAUCAAGAUGAAGGACGAGAUUGGCCAGUUCAUGCCACAGCAUGAGAAGGAUGUCGAACAGCUUGCUCGUGAUGUCAAGUUUGUUGAAUCCAAGUUCAAGACCGUCCAAGACGCGCUGAACCGUGAUAUUCAGACUGUUAAGGCGCUACAAGAUGUUACGAAGAAGAACAUUACCGACGCUCAGCUAUCCUUCAAGGCUACUGACAACCUCAAGCUUCCCAGUCAUUACCACCAAAACGGACUCUUUGCUGGUACAUCCUCCACACAGGCCAACGGUUCAAGCGAUUCCUCUGCAUAUGCCAAUGCUCAGGAUCUCAUCACAUAUUUCAACCGUAUCUGCGACGACGUCGAGAAAUACAAGACUCGCCUGGAUGAGUACCGCGGCGAAAUCGAGCGCGAUAUGCCCGGCGUUGAAAACGGCCUGUACGAGCAGAUCAGAAGCUUCCGCGACCGCAACGCUGGCGGCAGCGGUAACGGCAGCGCAGGUGUCCAUGACCAGCUGUCGCAGAUCCUAUCUGCUCUGAGAGAAACUGGCAACGCCAUUGUUGUCCAGGCAGGCAGAAUUGCCGACACGAGAGAACGACUGUCGAGGCUUCAGGCUGGAUUUCUGGACAGCGGAUUGUACACGAUGGGCAUGAGCAACUAG